AUGGCCGCGGACGCCGUCGCCUCGUGGAAGGCGUACGUCGCCGCCGCGGACGCCGAUCGAGGCGGUUACGGCGACGAGUGCGCGCUUCUGGUCCGACGCGGCCUCGGCGACGUCGUCGUCGCGCACUUCCUGGAGUCCGCCGAACGCGAGUUCGCCGCCGUGCACCUCCCGAGGCUCAAGGCUCUCCUCGAGAACCACGGCGCCGCGAACAUCUCGCGCACGCUCUCCACGGCUGCCGAGAAGGUGGGCAACGCCGGGGACGACGAGAACGAGUGGUCGUGGGUCGACGAGGCCGUGCCGAGGGGCGUCGCGGAGCUCGCCGCGGCGGUGGACGAGCGAAGGAGACGAGCCGCGCGGCUCGCGGCAGCCAUGCACCCCUCGAAUAAAAACGACGCCGACGACGCGACGCAAACGCUGGACCGCCGGCUGUGCGCCGCCGUCGGAGCGGCGACCGCCACCGUGGGGCCGCGCGAGAUGACCGGCGUGUGCGCCGCGUACUACGCGCGAGCGCUCAAGGAGUUCUCGCGGCGCGCUAGACGCGCCAGGGGGCUCGGAGACGACGACGAUUCCGAGGAGGACGACGACGAUCGAAUCGUCAUCGACGACGACGCGAUGGAGCCGACCCGACGCCGACCCAUGCCCGCGUGGCACCCCUCGUGCGAGGACGUCAUGGGGGUGGCGUGGUCACGGGCGCUCGCUUCCGUCGCGGGGGGCUUGCGCGCGGUGGGCGGCGGCGAAGGGGGCGCGUCGGACGUCGCGGAGGCUGCGCUGCACAGGGCGCUAGAGACAGCGGCGAGGGUCAAAGUGCGGGACGUCGCGGCGGGUGACUUUGACAAAAAGGCGCUCCCGUCGCUGCUCCGGUGGCUGGACGCGACGCCGCUCCAGUUCGCGAGGUGCGCGCUCGGUCUGGACGAGGCGGGCACCGCGGAGUGGCGCGGUCGUCUCGAGUACGCCAUUUACGAGCGCCUCGGGUCGCUCCGAAUCGAUGAAUUUUUCAACGUCAUCGUCGAAUUUCCGGAUUCGCUUCCGGCGGUGGACGACCUGCGCCGGUGCCUCCGCCGAACGACCCUGCACGACAGGCUCACGUCAUCGCUGCGCGGCGCGCUGCAGCGCAGGUUGCUCAUCCCCGGCGCCCCCACCUCGGACAUCAUCGAGCAAUACCGGCUGACGAUUCGCGCGCUCCGAGCGCUCGACCCUUCGGGCGUGGUGCUGUCGGUGGUAUCCGCUCCGCUCAAGGAGUACCUGCGGGAGAGGAAGGACACCAUACGGUGCGUGGUGACGAUGCUGAUGGGGGCGCGGGACGGAGCCGACGAGCUCCUCGGCGCGGACGAGGACGACGCGAUGGACGUCGGCGACGGGGACGGGUCGAGGUUGAUCGCGGCGCCGCCGGAGGAGUGGGAGGGCGACCCCGAGUUUGAAGCCGACGAGGACGGCAGGGACGGCGGCGCCGGUCGUCCCGACGGCGGCGGCGGCGGCGACGGGGGUGCCGACGGGGGUGCCGACGGGGGUACCGACGGGAAUGCUCCGAGGCGCCGCGCCGCGACGGGGCGGGGAUGGGACGCGUGGGAACCCGAGCCAGUGGAGAGCGAGGCGGCGUCGUCGAGGGGCCGGCGAAGGCCCGUCGAGGACGAGCUCGGUCACCUGAUCAACAUCUACGGCUCGAAGGAGCUGUUCAUAAACGAGUACCGCAACAUGCUCGCCGAACGGCUCCUAUCGAAGGUUGGAUACGACGUCACCAGGGAGAUGCACACGCUCGAGCUGCUGAAGAUCAGGUUCGGCGAGGCGUCCCUUCACAAGUGCGAGGUCAUGCUCAAGGACGUGCUCGACUCCAAGCGAAUCAACGGCAACGUCAAGGCUCCGCCCGCUCCCGGCACGCCAGCCGCUCGCGAUACCGCGUCCACGAAUAUUCUCCAGAACUCCCCGCUGGACGCCACCAUCGUCAGCGCGUUGUUCUGGCCGCCCUUCGCCAACGAGGCGCCCGACUUUAAGCUCCCGGCUGAGAUGAAAAACAUGAUCGACGCGUACUCGAAGCGGUACCACCACCUCAAGGCGCCGCGGCAGCUCAUGUGGAGGCCCACGCUCGGCACGGUCGAGGUGGAGGUGAUGCGCGGCGAACUCGAGUUGCAGCUCUCGGUGUCCACCAUGGAGGCCGCGGUGCUGUCGCACUUCCAGCGUAAGGAUCGGUGGGGACAGGACGAACUCGCGGCGGAGAUGGGAAUCAACCGAGCGACGCUCCGUCGCAAGGCGGUGGUCUGGAUCAACCAGGGCUUGCUCGUGGAGGAGAAGAACGAGGGCCCCGACGGAUCCUCGUACAGGCUCACCACGGGCGAUGACGGUCGCGUCGCGUUCGGCGCCGCCGCCGCGGACGACGAAGGCGGCGGCGGCGGCGCGGUUGCAUCCGCGGAGGACCAGGCGGCGGCGGGGAUGAAGGUUUACGAGCAGUACGUCAUCGGGAUGCUGACAAACUUUCCGAGUUUGCCGCCCGAUCGGAUCCACAACAUGCUCAAGAUGUUCGUGCAGGACCCGCCGUACGACAGGAGCCUGGACCAGCUCGAGGCGUUCCUCGGGCAGCUCGUCGCGGAGGAUAAGCUGGCGCUGGAGGGCAAUCAGUACUCCAAGAGGUAG